AGCUCAUUACACACACGCCAUGGAAGGCAAAGGGCUGGUGGCUGAGCUGCAGAGAGCGGCAAUCUGCCCUGCCUGCAGGGGUCACUUUAAGGACCCGGUGACCCUGGACUGUGAUCACAGCUACUGCCGGGCCUGUAUCACCCGCUACUGGGAGGAGGCCGCAGCAGCUGGCAAGGGCCCCCGGGUGCUGUCCUGUCCCCAGUGCAAGACCGUUUUCGAAAGGAAGAACCUCCGGACCAACGUCAAGCUGGCCGUGGAGGUCAAGAUCACCCAACACCUCAAUGCCAAGACAGCCCACGUGCCCCUCGUGCCCAAGUCCCGGAGGCGCCGUGGCGGGUGGGCACCCACGGCCAGCAUCCAGGAGAAAAAGGAAAGCAUCAGAGAAGUGUGCACAUGCUAAUGUGGUUCCAUCAUUCCCCAGACAACCAUUUCACCUGAACAUGCUGGAAAUUCCGCUAGGAGCCCCUUCAAGUGGGGACUCCUGCUUGGCUAAGGCUGGGGAGCAUCAACAGAAUGACUCAACCAAGACUUCUCCAGUUCAGGCUGCAGCAUGGAGGCAGCCGGAUUUUGAGGAGAGGUGAAGGAGGCGGGAAGAUGUUGAGGUUGUGGCCAAGCCUCAGGCUUUUGAUUCAGAAACGGACCUGCAAGAGUUAGGGGAAAUCUCAUCUUGCAAGGCAAUAUUAAAAACAAAACCAGAAGCUCAAGCGAUGGUUACUUGGUGACAAAAUGCACUCUGCACAUGCCCAGAAGCCCCUUGAGUGAUUUCUUCACAUCUUCUAUGAAUGAAACCUGAUAGAAUUGGAUUUCAGUUGCCCCUGGUUCAGAUUAAGCCCCAUCCUGAUAACUGAGCGGAGCAGAUUUAAGUUAGGUUAAAUCGGGAAGAGGAGAUUGGUUUUGCUUUUGGCCAAGACGUCAGAACCACUGCUUGGGAAAAUCCUGGGAAAACCUUACCCCAGUAUCUUUCGACGUCACUUGGCAUGGGAGGA